CGUUCUCUGACUUUUCAUUGGUCAAGUCGCUUCAGGCGAGCUCUUCAGAUUAGUCAUCUUGACCAAGCAGUGCAAAAAAUGUGCGAUCCAAGUCACAUGACUCUAUCAAGAGCAACAUUUGUCCCGAUUAGGAAAUAUUAGACUACGUUUUCUCCACGCCAGCCAUCUGCAGCAGAAUUCCCUAAAGCCAAGAAAACCUGGACUCCGCUCGCGUUGAUGUCGGCAUGAGCCAUGCGGCAAUUAUUCGAUGACUCCAUCUAAGUCUCCAAGCGAAAUGGACUGGUUGCGCCACAAGUCUGUUUUAUCCCUGCCACUGCAUCCUGGAAAGUGAGCGCACCAAACCCUCCCCCCGCGCGAAGGCAACCCAGCCGGGUCUAUCGUGAGAGUGGAGAGGGGUGGUAUUUUUCCCUUGCUCUCGAAUAUUUCUGGAAUGUCAGACGUCGUCCCCCCCCACGAACUUGGGCUCAUGGCACCCUGGUUACCCAUGGCUGCCAGACUUGUUAUCCUCGCAAUUGGGUCGAAUGAUCCUUGCCGAUCCUCAAGGAUCGCAAAUGCACUUUUCUAAUAGUUUCCACGAUUUCCCCCCUCGUCCGCCGUGUGCCGCCGUUCGGUAAGAUUUUAGGCCUUGGCAAUGGAGUACUUGGAGGAAACCUCAGACAGGCCUCAGCUGUUGGAUGGUGCUUUUAGCGUCCUUCGGCUUCUGCUUGGAGUGGAGCAUCCCUGUCCUCCCUUAUCCUCGCUUCUCUCAAAUGCUGGGCCUGUUAUAAUAAUAGCUGUGUCCAACCCAUCAUCUGAUUUUAUAGUCCUCUUGAACCAAUAUCAUUGUUCUUUUCUGCGCUCGUGUUUUGUUCAUCAUCCCCUAUGGCCUGUGCUUUGUUGACUCUCUAUAAGUAGCCCAACGGGCCACAACUGAAUUAUGGAUCCUUUCAGCCCUCUGCCUAUCCAUCGACUUGAAUCCAAAGGCCAAGCGGAUUUGCUUGCCCGGCUAGAUGAACUUCGCGAUUUGGGAUUUCGCCGCCAGCUGGCUCUGCCCCAGCUGGUGGUUUGCGGUGACCAAAAUAGUGGGAAGAGUUCAGUAUUCCACGCCAUAACGGGUAUCCCAUUGCCAACGAGCACUGAACCCUGCACCAGGUUCGCAACGGAAGUUAUCCUGCGGAGGUCCGAUGAAGCCUCAGUUUCAGUGAAAAUCCGACCAGGCCCGGAUGCCUCCCCGGAUCAUCGGCACAAACUAGGAAUAUUUUCGAGGUCACAUAACUGGCUCCAGGAUAUUCCCAAACUAUAUUCAGAGGCUAGGCUGAUCAUGGGCUUGAUUUCCGAUGGAAGAUACUCACUGGAUGUCCUACAGCUGGAGGCUUCAGGCCCUACACUACCAGACCUGACAGUAGUUGACCUGCCCGGCCUUAUCAAUCGACCAGGGCACCAUCAACGAAUGGAGGAUGUUACUAUCAUCCAAAGCCUAACUGAGUCUUACAUGAGGAACCCUCGGAGCAUCCUGCUAGCCGUUGUAUCCGCUGAGCGUAAUAUAUCUCAACAAAUUGUGUUACGGAUGACGAAAUCCUGCAGCCCUCGCACAAUGGCAAUCAUAACGAAACCUGAUCACCUAGAACCCGGCUCUUCUACCGAGGAAAACUACUUUGCACGUGCUAAAAACCAAGAUACGCCCCUGCGCUUAGGAUGGCACGUUCUAGUGAAUAACGAUUCUAACGAGAGGCGAAAUCGCCAUUUCCAACGUGAUGACAUGGAAAAUUUGUUUUUCACUACCACAAGGCCUUGGAAGGCCCUUUCUCCAAAUUCCGUCGGCAUUCAGUCGCUUCGAAGUCGACUAAGCAAAAUUCUACUUGGCCAAAUCGAGUCGCAGCUGUCCAACCUGUCUACCGAACUUCAACAGGACCUUGAAACGAGCCGCGUGCUACUGCAAAAGCUCGGACCGGAUCGAAAGUCGGGUGCGUCUCACCGAUUGUAUCUAACAACUAUUGCUGAACGAUAUCAAGCCCUCGCACGAUCAGCCACGGCUGGCGAAUAUCAUGAUUCCUAUUUCCGUUAUCACCCACAAACGUCGAUGCGGCGAUUGAGAUCUGUAAUCCGAAACUGGGCUGAAGACUUUGCUACGGAUAUGGAGGAGCGUGGCCAUAGUUAUAACCUGUACGAUGAUACGUCUUCGGAUGGCCCACCACAAAUGCCAGAACAAGCCUUACCCGAUAGCCCUCAACCAGUUCCACGAUCAUCUUUUAUUCGAGGACUUGCUGAACUGUUCAAGCAAAACGGAGGCCGUGAAUCAAAAGGAUUGGUUAAUUCUCAGGUCAUAUGCGAGCUAUUUAUUCGCUAUUCGCUCAAAUGGACACCGAUGGCAAAAUCUCAUGUAUACGAGCUUUGGAAGAAGGUAAAGCGAUUUUUGGACGAUCUCCUCCAUCACAUUGCGGGUGCUACAGUUGGCGAAGCCAUACUCAGGAAAAUACUAGACCAGGAGAUGAGCAACAAGUUGCAGGCACUUAACGGCAAAAUAGACGAGCUAGCAACGCCCUUUAAACAAAUUGUUCCUUCAACCUUGAAUCGAAAAUUAACUACGAAAAUCCAUCGACUUCGUGCCCUAAGUGGUCCAAACGGCAUGGAUGAUAACAUGGAUGACGGCACUGAAUUCAAUGUUUAUUCUGAAAUUCUCGAUUGCAUGGAAACUUAUUAUGCCGCCACAUUACCAGUAUUCAUUGACAAUGUUGCUUUUCUUGCAGUGGAAAAUUGCCUUGUGGCAAACUUGGAGAAUCUUAUUUCUCCGUCUAUGAUGGCACAAUUGUCAACUGAACAAAUCGAACGUAUCGCAGCUGAUUCCGACGACACCAGGAUCGCACGAAUGCAACUCGCCGACAAGGUUAAAGUGCUAGAACUCGCGGUGGACUCAUGCAGACGUUGCGAAAUGGCGGGGAUCCAGUCUGCUGCGCAGAAUUAUCGUGAACCAGUUAAAAAUGACUUAAAUGACUACAUCACGGCAGACACGCCUGAGCCAUCGCCUGAACAAUCACCGACACCUGAUAUCAGCCCUCCAAAAACGAUCAGCUCGUCAAAAAAUGAAGAGAACUCUAGAGCGGAUGAAUCUAUUGCACUAAGUCGGUCUUCCAGUGAAUCCAGUCGGAGCGUUUCUGAGCUCUCUCAGACUGAAGCAACAUCCCCUUCCCUCAUGUCCCCCUCCUUGAUCGACACCAUUUCAACAAGGCCCAAAAGCCCCACAAGGACUGAGUCUAGUUCUGGAGGUAGCAGGAAGGGAUCGUUGCUUAGAUCCGGCUUCCGAAAACGAAUCCUCAAAAACAAACCCGCCAGCUCGAUCAUAGAAGAUAAUAAAUCGAGGACCACCACCUCAACCCCGGACUCCGAACGGAAACCUGAUACGAGCUCCAUCCAUUCUUCAAAAAAAUCGAGCCCCCGUCCGAAAUACAAUUAUGGUACUCUGUAUCAAUGUGCCUACUAUUACUACACCAUGUAGAUACAAAGGUGGGCGGGGAUAGGUCUGCUUCACGUAGGGGCCUAUCUACCUUUGAUAUCUUCCCCAAUCCCCCCAAUCAGCCUGAUUUUUGUUUUUCCCUUUUCUCACUGCAUGUUUUCAAAGUCAUUUCUUUUACCUGCAACGAUAUCCAUUUCCCUUUUCCUGCCCUUGUUCUCCCCUUUUUGCGAGCCUUGACGUUUUUCAUCAUUUUACCGGCGCAACUACCAAUAGGGCCGGUGUCUUCUACAUAUACGCAUCUAUGUCUUACCUGAUCCUUUGAUUAUCUCACUUUGCUCUCCUGUUUCCUUCGAAAAAAAAAAGGGGGAGAGGGGGAGAGGGGAGGGGGGGGGGGAGGGGGGAGGGCCGGGGGAGUUGUUUGUUUAUUAUUAUUAUUCUUUUUUUUGGACGGCAUGGGAUGGUUGGUGUAUGAGAAACAUAGAAUGAAGUUGCGCUUAUUUUCGGCGUUUUAUUCUUUUUUCUAACAUGAUUCACCACUCAACAAACUCAUUCAGUCAAUGUAACAUGGCGGCGCCGGGGCGGUAAGACCUCGGAAUUGGCAUGUUGAGGGAUGAUUAUAUAAGGGCAGCUGUUCGGGUGGGCUUGAUCAACUACUUGAUCAAUGAGCUCUAGGCCUACAAGUGGAUGAGACAGUAACAAAGAUGCUAAGGUUCAAGUAGAGAUUAUCACUGAUCUCUAGGAUGAUGACUCAGCUAGCUAGUAAUAGAACUUCUCUAAGAUUUAGUGACUUCUCACUCAGAGAAUAUAUAUACUAUGGUAAAUAGUUUAUAACUAUCAUCCAUCCACUGGCAAUAAUAGCAAAUUGUCGUAAUGCAAGUUAAUUUGGGCAGGUGGGAAGGGGAGAUUGAUAAAAAAAAAUUACAAAACAGCAAAAUACCAUGACCCUGUUCCAUAACCAUCCAUGACUACCCAUGGAUAGGAUAGGAUGGUUGUUUACCUUUGCGUUAUCUGUUAGCAACCAUUCGCAAUGUCCAUAGCCCAUGUCAGAAAACCCAGGAUGGUUCGACAAACAAGUGAGAAGGGAAAGAAAAAAGAGCCCAUUCUUUUCCCAAGCAUGUUCCCGAGCAUCUAGAACAAAUGCACAAAUGCACAAAUGCACAGAUUCAGCCCCCAGAAUUGUUUCGCUCAGGCGCGCCUCUUUUAUCUCUCCGCAACCCCUUCCCACGCCCGGUCGUCGCCAACAUGCCUAAUCCACAUCUCGUCGUCGCCCUGGACGGAAUCGAUAACUUGAUCAGAGAGGGGUGGAUGUCAGCAAAUAAUAAUUAUUUUUUUUUUCUGUUAGGAAAUAUUAAAAGUAGUAUUGCGUUGUUAAACUUUUGUAAAGAGUGUUUGUCAGCUCAAUUGCAGGAUUCAGGGGUGGUCGAAAUGAACAAUGUGCAGGCGGGGAAGAUAACUAAGACUAGAUUAAAAACCGGGGCAUGGGAGCCUUCACAGGUUUAUUAUUAUUGGGGUUUCCUUGGGACGAAACUUGGGAAAAUGGGAUUCAGGUUUCGGGCCUUCGGGAA